AUGGAAAUACAUGGAACAUCGAUAACACAAGUACAGGCUAAGGACGAAGAUCACGGCGAAGAUGGGACCAUUAUUUAUUCUAUAUCUACUCAUUCAGACCUUUUUACCAUAGACAAUGACAGUGGAAUAAUCCGACCAGUGACUACCUUAGACCGCGAAACUACUGGUUCAUAUCUUGUUGAAAUUCAUGCGAUCGACCAAUCAAAAAACGCGAAACAAACAGGAACAACAACUUUGACAGUAGUGAUUGAUGAUGUAAACGAAGAAGGUCCCUUGUGUAAAACAGUUGCAAGCGUAGAGGUACCUUCAUCUUCUAUCAUUGGAGAUUUGGUUUACAAGUUAAAAUGUUCCGAUUCAGAUGUGGGACCAAAUGGUGAUUUGGCAUAUGCUAUUAACAAAGGCAAUACCAAUUUAGAUUUUACAAUCGACUCACAAGGUCGCAUAGUUGUGGCUAAAGUAUUAAGUAAACCUGCCUACAACUUGGAGGUUAUUGUUUUCGAUGGUGGGAUUCCACCAAAGAAAAGUCCAGUUCAUAUCGAGGUCAAUGUCAUUGGAGAACCUAAAUUUUUGCAGUUACCAAAAACAUUAGAUAUUAAUGAAGAUGAAAAGAUAGGAAAUGUGAUAUAUGUCGUUAAAUCUACGUCCAAAUACCAGUUUAUGAGAUUUGCUAUCAAAUCUGGCAACAGUGAUGGAAUAUUUGGUAUAAAUGAUGUAUCAGGUGACAUUUAUUUGAUCUCCAAACUUGAUCGAGAACAGACACCUUCAUACACGCUUACAUUGCAACUUACGGAUAACAUUUCAAAACUUUCAUCUACAGGUUCUGUCAAUAUUCGCGUUAAGGAUUCUAACGAUAAUAUACCAACAUUCGAUAACAAUUUCUACGAAUUUUCAGUUGUUGAAAAUAUUCCAAUAAAAACAAGCAUAGCAUUAACUGUAUUUGCUGAGGAUGCAGGUUAUCCUUCAAGGACUGCAACAGCUGAAGUAGUGGUUAAUAUUAUAGAUGUAAAGGAUACAAAACCAUACGAAGAUAAACCUGCUACUUAUUUUUCAUUGGAAUGUGCUGUAAAUGCACAUAAUGGGGACAGUUUAACAACAUUCACACCUCAUGAUUUCGGAAUAUACCAGUCAUUAGCAGACCCAAUAAGAUCUAAAUCAUUAGUAUACGUUGUCAAAGAUCGAUCAACAGAUACUAUAGAAGGGAUUCAGAACGAAAAAUCAUUCUUAACACAAAACGACAUUUUAAAAGUCCUUCGUCGAUCAGAUGAUGGUACACCAGCAUACCCUCUCGAAUCUAAAUCAUUCGAUACCUUUCCUGUAAAUUCGGUUAGUCCAUACAAGAAGGAAGAGUCAUCACCACCGUCUUGGUUCCAGACAGAUGUAGGAAUAGCUGUCGUGUUGACCAUCAUCUUCAGCCUGAUAUUAUUAGCAAUCAUUUUGACAUUAUAUUUCUAUUGCACCAGAGAAAGUUCAGACGGAGGAAUAAAUAUCAGUAUGUUCUUUGAGAUUGAUAAAUUAACGUAG